UCCCGUUACAGUUUAAAAGCCGAGAACCCGUAGGCGUUGUCGCAUUUGGCCUCGCGUUGAAAGCGCGACCAUACAGCGAAACAAUCCGAUCACCGGGGACUGGAAAUGGUAGCAUCUCAAACACGCUGUUCCUAACCGCGACCCCAGCACAGCACUAUCGUGCACGUGACAUUGACAAUGCCUCGUCCCUCUACAACCGCAACGCAAAACAUAAAGCAGAGGGUUCUCACGUGCCUGACGAAGCUUUCGGACCGUGAUACGCACGCUCUUGGAGCCACGGAGUUAGAGACCAUUGCUCGAACCAUAGACCAAAAUUCAGUGUCAGUGUUCCUCUCUUGCAUUCACUCCACCGACGCUUCGGACAAAACACCCGUUCGCAAACAAUGUGUGCACCUCGUCGCCAUUCUCUCCGAGGCGCACGGCAACGCACUCUCUCCCUUCCUCUCCAAAAUCCUUGCCAACAUCGUGCGCCGCCUCCGCGACCCCGACUCGUCGGUUCGAGCCGCGUGCGCCGAUUCCGUUUCGGUGUUGUCGGCGUGCGUCACGAAGCAGCCGUUUUCGUCCUUUCUGAAGCCGUUGGCUGAGGCGCUGUUCACGGAGCAGGAUCCGAACUCGCAGGCUGGCGCUGCUAUGUGUCUGGCUUCGGCGAUUGAUGGAGCUCCGGAUCCGGACCCCGCCAGGCUGGCCAAGCUCCUCCCGAGGUUCGAGAAGCUUCUCAAGUGCAAGGUGUUUAAGGCCAAGGCGGCACUGCUUGUGCUCAUUGGAAGCGUCGUCGGGGCCGGUGGCGCGUCGAGUCGCGGCGCGUUGACGAACCUCGUUCCUUGUUUGGUGGAGGCGUUGAGCAGCGACGAUUGGGCUACCAGGAAGGGUGCAGUUGAGGCGUUGAUGAAACUGGCGAUAGUGGAGAGGGACUCGUUGUCGGAAUUCAAGGCUGGGUGUUUGAAACUUUUCGAGAAUCGGCGAUUUGAUAAGGUGAAGUUGGUUCGGGAAGUUAUGAAUCAGUUGUUGGAUGCAUGGAAGCAGAUUCCUGAUGUUUCGGAUGAAUUCUCUCCACCUCCUCAAUCGCAGUCUUCUUCCAAGGAGAAUGCAAGUGAUGGGCGCUAUCCACAUGUCUCUCAAAAUUCUUGUAGCCCUGGUUCUGUAAUGACUAAAUUGAGGAGGAAAUCGAGUCCAGUAAGCAAAUCAACUCCACCAGAUAGAUCUACUGCUAGGAAUGCUAAAAAGAUGAGUGCAUUAAGUGAUAAUCAAAUGAGUUCAGGUGUUUUGCGUAAACUGAACCAUAACAAUUGGGAUGUUCAAAUUGCUGUGUCAAAUGUUCCUGAUCAUGGUGAACUUCAGCGGAGGGAUGAAACAGUUUUGGAAAGAAGCAAAAAGGAUAAAAGCAGAUUUUUUAAGUCCGAAGCAAGACGGGCUCUAUUUGAUAAAACUCCUGAUGACAAGAUUCAUAAAUUUGGUGGGUCCAAAGGUGGAUCUCGUGUGGUUCCUUGUUCUGAAGAGAGUCAAGACUCAGGUCCUGUUGGUAAUGUCACCAAAGAUGUCCAUAGGAAUGACAAAGAGAGUGAGGAUUUAUCUUUGAUUCGCGCCCAAUUACUUCAAAUUGAGAAGCAGCAGUCAAGUCUGCUUGAUCUUCUACAGAAAUUCAUUGGGAGUUCUGAAAAUGGAAUGCGAUCUUUAGAGACUCGUGUGCAUGGCCUUGAAUUGGCAUUGGAUGAGAUCUCCUAUGAUUUGGCUGUGUCAACUGGAAGGAUGACUAAAGAUGAUGCUCCUAGGCAUACGUGUUGCCUGCUACCUGGUGCCGAAUUUUUAAGCUCCAAAUUCUGGAGGAAAACACAGGGCAGGUAUUCAUCCCACCGAUUCUCUACAUCUGGUGGCACCCCAUCAUUAGCUUCCAUUCAUCACAGAGCCAAUAGGAAUGCUGAAACUAAUUUGACAAGCCACAGAUUUAGGGUCCGGGGUGAUGGAAGCUUCAUCACUAAUCCUCUGGCAGAGAUUAAAACUAAUUCAAGGGAGAUUUCAGGCUCUGCAAGAUCAGAGCUAGCUUAAAAAGCAGAUGUACUGCACAACCUAUACUGCAAGCUUGAUCUUUUGAUUCUCAACUAGCCUGGUGGGAGAAAUCCCUCACUAGGGAAGUGUCGCCAAUGAAGUAAUCAGAAUAGUUAGUCACUCUGGAAGGACAAGCUUGAUAUCAUACAUUCUUGGUCAUAGUUCAGAAUUUCAUUUAAUAUGCCGCGAUAGUUGUUGGACAAGUACAUAUAGGGGUUGAGUUUAGGGCUAAAUAUAAAUAUUGCUGUUUUCAGUUGAGGGUGAAUCUGCACACAGGACUAGCAUGAGAAGAACCUACAUUAAGCAAUAUGAGAGCACAUAUUCUUACU